AUGGUUUAUUUAGCCCCAUGUUCUGGGUUCACGGGAGGAGGCCUCGGCGGCAGCGGGCUAAGCGGGCGGGGCCCUGGUGGAGGCGUCGGCGGAGGAGGUGGAGGCGGCCUGGGCCACGAGCAGGAGGAGGAUUACCGCUACGAGGUGCUGACGGCCGAGCAGAUCCUGCAGCACAUGGUGGAGUGCAUCCGAGAGGUCAACGAGGUCAUCCAGAAUCCGGCCACCAUCACCAGGAUACUCCUCAGCCAUUUCAACUGGGAUAAAGAAAAACUGAUGGAGAGGUACUUUGAUGGCAACCUGGAGAAGCUCUUUGCGGAAUGUCACGUCAUUAAUCCUAGUAAAAAGUCUCGAACACGUCAGAUGAACACCAGAUCAUCUGCCCAGGACAUGCCGUGUCAGAUCUGCUAUCUCAACUAUCCGAAUUCGUAUUUCACUGGCUUGGAGUGUGGACAUAAGUUUUGCAUGCAGUGCUGGAGUGAAUAUUUAACUACCAAAAUAAUGGAGGAGGGCAUGGGACAGAAUUCGGCUCAUCUCCUGGAACAAGGUUUUCUGAAUGGAAUAUUAUCUUUCUCUUCUCUUUGUAGGCGCCUGAUCACAGAUUCAAAAGUUAAAUUAAAGUACCAGCAUUUAAUAACUAAUAGUUUUGUAGAGUGCAAUCGACUGUUAAAAUGGUGUCCUGCUCCAGAUUGCCACCAUGUUGUCAAAGUACAAUAUCCUGAUGCUAAGCCUGUUCGCUGUAAAUGUGGCCGGCAGUUUUGUUUUAACUGUGGCGAAAACUGGCAUGAUCCUGUUAAAUGCAAGGAGUGUCCCAAAUGCCACGUGACUAUCGAAAAAGAUGGCGGCUGCAACCACAUGGUCUGUCGGAACCAGAAUUGUAAAGCAGAGUUUUGCUGGGUGUGUCUCGGCCCGUGGGAGCCGCAUGGAUCUGCCUGGUACAACUGCAACCGCUACAACGAAGAUGAUGCCAAGGCAGCAAGAGAUGCCCAAGAGCGCUCCAGAGCCGCCCUUCAGAGGUACCUCUUCUACUGCAACCGUUACAUGAACCACAUGCAGAGCCUGCGCUUUGAGCACAAACUCUACGCCCAAGUCAAGCAGAAGAUGGAGGAGAUGCAGCAGCACAACAUGUCCUGGAUCGAAGUCCAGUUCCUGAAGAAAGCGGUCGACGUCCUCUGCCAAUGCCGUGCCACGCUCAUGUACACCUACGUCUUUGCCUUCUACCUCAAAAAGAAUAACCAAUCCAUUAUCUUUGAGAAUAAUCAAGCAGACUUGGAAAAUGCUACCGAAGUCCUUUCUGGGUAUCUGGAACGAGAUAUAUCUCAAGACUCACUGCAGGAUAUAAAGCAGAAAGUGCAAGAUAAAUACAG